UUGAAAAAGGCUGAGAAGGUGCAGAAAGUUUCACAGUGAAGGAAUGAGAGUAGCGUUGAAUGCUGUAAAUGGUGGUUUGGGGAUAAACGGAAGCUAAUUUAUAAGCUUUGUUGAGAUCAUCCAUGGCGGCGUGCCAGACACCCUCUAAUUAAUGCCAACAACACAAUUCAAUUCAAUUCAGGAACAACAAGAACAAGCACCAGAAUCGGAGACGACUGGAUUCGAUCGAUUUAUUAUAUGCCCAUAAAAAGUUUUUUCUCACUAGGCGGCGGCGGCGCCGGCGGAGGAGGGAGGACCGGCGGCGGCGGCGGCGGUGGCAGCAGUAACCCCGAUCAGGAGAGCAGCAGCCACCACAACGACAUCAAUCCAGAGAGCUGGUUUCUGUUCAGAAAUGAGGAAAUUCCGUACCGUGGAUUCGAGCUAUGGCAGCCACAGCCGCCGCCGCACCACCACCACCACCACCACCACCACCACACUCUCCAGGCGGAGAACUUCCUGCAGCGCGGCGAAGGCAGCGUCAAUCCGCUGCAGGAUCUCGGCGGCGGACUCGCCGUCGGCCCCAGCCGCGGCGGCGCCACCGCCUUCAACGGCUCUCCGAGAUCGGGAUUUCUGAUGAUGCGCAGCAGCGGCGGCGGCGGAAUCAGCUGCCAAGACUGCGGCAAUCAGGCGAAGAAAGACUGCGCCCAUAUGAGGUGUAGAACUUGCUGCAAGAGCCGAGGGUUUCAGUGCCAGACGCACGUGAAGAGCACGUGGGUUCCCGCCGCUAAACGCCGGGAACGGCAGCAGCAGCUGGCGGCGCUCCAGCAGCAGCAGGACAACCACCGCGAAACCUCCGCCGGAAAACGUCAACGAGCUGAGAAUAAUAAUAAUAAUAAUAAUAAUACUAAUAAUCCGUCGGCUUCGAAUUCCCUCGCCUGCACAAGAAUUCCUCCUGCGUCAGGGUUAGAGAUUGGGAAUUUCCCGUCGGAGGUGAGUUCGGCGGCGAAUUUCCGGUGCGUGAGGGUGAGCGCCAUUGACGACGCUGAAGAUCAGUACGCGUAUCAGGCGGCGGUGAACAUCGGCGGCCAUGUCUUCAAAGGGAUACUUUACGACCAAGGGACGGAGAGUCAGUACAUGGCGGCGGCGGCGGCGGGGGAGACUUCCUCCGGCGGAGGAAGUGUCAGCGGCGCCGCCGGAGUUCAACAGCUCAAUUUAAUCACUGGUCCUUCUGCAGCAACCGCCACCUCCGCCGGGGAUAAUUCCGGCGGCGCCGCCGCCGCUGCCGGUGGGUCGGGUUUUCUUGACCCGUCUUUGUAUCCAGCUCCGAUUAGCAGCUUCAUGGCCGGUGCGCAAUUCUUCCCACCCCCAAGAUCCUGAAAUUAUUUUUAAAAAAAGAAAAAGAAAGAACAUCAAAAUCAAAAUCGAAUUAGAGAUUCAGAAAAAUUAAUUAAUGAUUAAAUCGGUUCAUUUAGGAUUUUGAUGUUUCUGUAAGAAAUGAAGACAACAUAGGAUUGAUAAUUAUUACAAGCUGCUUCUGCUGCUGCUGCUGUUGUUGUGUUGUAAAACUCUGUUGAGGUUAGAAGAUGAGAAUCCAUAUGUAUAUAUAUAUGUAUGUAUAUAUAUAUAUAUAUAUGUGAUAUGGAUCAUCAUCGAUCAUCAAUUACAUUUGAAGGGACUUUUUUAUUUUAUUUUAUUUUUGUAAUCACAUUUGAUUUAAAUUUUCAGUUAAUACAUAUUUCU